GGCAGUGCUUGACUAGCAGCAGCCCCAAUGCCUUUUUUUUCCUCCCACUGAGCAAUACUGGUGAUACUGUGCUGUGCGUUGCUGCUGCAACAAUGUCUAACCUGUGUGAGUGGCACCAGAUAUUAGACCAGAGUUGAGAGAAAGGACAUCUGUGCCUGCUUUUUUUGUCAUCUGGAUGGGAAGUCUUUUUUGGGAGGAGAGACAGAAGAAAGCAGAAGGCAGCCGGGGAAGGGGAACAACUGGCAACAGCCAAUCCCCCCUUCCACACAUAGACUGGAGACAACGGAGGCCACUGGAGUAUUUGCUUUUAUCUUUCGUUUUUUGUUCUUUUUUUUCCUCAUCGCGCUGCUGGGAGGUGCUUUACCUUUUCAUUUGCUUGCUCUCUCGGUCCUCUGUCUUCUCAUCUAUUUCGCCAUUUACCUGGUCAACAAUUUCUUCUAUUUAUGAGCCAGACAAGGAGGGACAGAGAGAGGCAGAGAGACAGAGAAAAAGAGAAAGAGAAAGAGGAGGGGGAUAUUUUUUUUGCCCCCUUUUAUUCUCUUUUUUUGUCCCCCUUCAUUCAUUCUUGCUUCCCUCUCCAUUGCUAUCACUUCCAGCCUUUUCUAUCCCUGUGCAGCCCACGCUCCCUCCUCCCUUCACCGCCUCCCUCCUCCUCCUCUUCCUCCUCCUCCUCCUCCCCCUCCUCCCCCCACCACUCCACUCACUGUCCACCCGUAACUUUGGCUACUUUUUUGACUCCACCAGUGUUUUAAUUUCCUUACUUUAAAAACCUCUCAUAGAGACAUUUUAAUUGGCUUGCUUGUAUUUUCUAUUUAUGCCUUUUUCACUUUUGUACCUUUUCCUAUUUCCUACCCCCCUUCUCUUUUUUCCUCCUACCAUCCUAUGCAUCUUUUUUGGGCGAUUCUUAAUUCUAACCAUAGACUGGCGGACGUCAGAAAAACAAGCGACGCCAAACAUCUCUUUGGAGGAGCGAAGGAGAAAACAGAAGUGAAGCUGCUCCUGUGGAGUACAAUUACCUCGAAAUUGCUGCUUUACCCUCUUGACCUGUCGAGGAUUUUACCUAAAACUGCUUUCAGCCUCCCUCAGUCUGAGGCUAUGAGAGGGAGAGAGGAGUCCCAGGCCGCACCAUCAUGCUACUUCUGAGACGCCGGGAUGAGACUUUGGCUGGCAAAACACAAGGUAUUACUCUCCCACUCCUCCACCAUGCCUGGCUGCAGCUGUCGCAGCCCCUCCUCACCUCGCGGCCAAGCCGGGGCCUCCUCCUCCGCCCCCUCAGUCGCCCAGGAGCGAGAGAGGCGAGUCCGACCCUUACAUCCACCCCCACCUCCAUCACUCCACCGCCACACCAACGCCUCUCACUGCCUCUCCCUCCUCCUCCUGCUGCUCUGCCUUCUCCACCUGCCCCCGGCCUGCCACUCACGGAGAGAGAAGGGCGGGGGAGGCGGAGGAGGUGGGGGAGGCGGUGGCGGCCACUACGUCCCCAUCCCCCAGCCACCUCCCCACCACAUGGCGCUGCCCAACAUCCUGCGUGGCCUCAGCAUUGCUGUCGUCCUAGUGGGCAACUCCAGCGAGGUGGCGCUGGCUGGGGCUCGGGAAAAGGAAGACUUCCUCCACAUGGCGCCCAAUGUGGAGGUGCUGACCAUGAAUGAGACGGACCCUAAAAGCAUCAUCAAGAGCAUCUGUGACCUCAUGACGGAGCAUUGGCUGCAGGGCGUGGUGUUUGGGGAUGACACCGACCAGGAGGCCAUCGCCCAGAUCCUCGACUUCAUCUCAGCACAGACACACAUCCCCAUCCUCGGAGUCCGUGGGGGCUCCUCCAUGAUCAUGGCUGCCAAGGAUGACAACUCCAUGUUCUUUCAGUUUGGCCCCUCCAUCGAGCAGCAGGCUUCAGUCAUGCUAAAUAUCAUGGAGGAAUACGACUGGUACAUCUUCUCCAUCGUCACCACGUACUACCCUGGUUACCAGGACUUUGUCACCAAGAUCCGUAGCACCAUCGAGAACAGCUUUGUGGGCUGGGAACUGGAGGAAGUUUUACUACUUGACAUGUCCGUAGACGACGGAGAUUCAAAGAUCCAAAACCAGCUGAAGAAGCUCCAGAGCCCUGUCAUUCUCCUCUACUGCACAAAAGAAGAGGCCAACACCAUCUUCGAGGUGGCCCACUCUGUCGGGAUCACCGGCUACGGCUACACGUGGAUAGUGCCCUCACUGGUAGCUGGAGACACUGUCACAGUGCCUGCAGAGUUCCCCACAGGUCUGCUCUCCGUGUCCUACGACGAGUGGGACUACGGCCUAGAGGCCCGCGUUCGCGAUGGUGUGGCCAUCAUCACGAUGGCAACCUCCACCAUGAUGAUGGACCGUGGACCUCACACCCUGCUAAAGUCUGAGUGCCACGGAGCUCCUGACAAGAAGACCCCCAUCUCAGGCAACCCCAAUGAAGUGCUCAGGUACCUGAUGAAUGUGACGUUUGAGGGGCGUAAUCUGUCGUUCAGUGAGGACGGAUACCAGAUGCACCCCAAGCUGGUCAUCAUUCUGCUCAACAAGGAGAGACAGUGGGAGAGGGUGGGUAAAUGGGAGAACGGUUCCCUGUCCAUGAAGUACCACGUGUGGCCUCGCUAUGAACUAUAUGGGGGGGCAGCAACCAGGGAGGAUGACCACCUGUCCAUCGUGACGUUGGAGGAGGCUCCGUUCGUCAUCGUGGAAGACGUGGAUCCGCUCAGCGGGACCUGCAUGAGAAACACUGUGCCCUGUCGGAAACAGAUCAAAACACUCAAUCAGACGAAGGAUUCAGGGAUCUACAUAAAGCGCUGCUGUAAAGGAUUCUGCAUCGACAUCCUCAAGAAGAUCGCCAAGUCUGUGAAGUUCACCUACGACCUUUACCUUGUCACGAACGGCAAACACGGCAAGAAGAUCAACGGGACGUGGAAUGGCAUGGUGGGAGAGGUGGUGUUGAAGAACGCCCACAUGGCCGUCGGCUCCUUGACCAUCAACGAGGAGAGGUCAGAGGUCAUCGACUUCUCCGUCCCCUUCAUCGAGACGGGCAUCAGCGUCAUGGUCUCACGGAGCAACGGCACUGUUUCACCCUCAGCCUUCUUAGAGCCCUUCAGUGCGGAUGUGUGGGUGAUGAUGUUCGUGAUGCUGCUGCUGGUGUCAGCAAUAGCUGUGUUUAUAUUCGAGUACUUCAGCCCUGUGGGCUACAACCGCUGUCUGGCUGACGGCAAAGAGCCUCACGGUCCAUCCUUCACCAUCGGUAAGGCCAUCUGGCUGCUCUGGGGUCUGGUCUUCAAUAACUCUGUGCCAGUGCAGAACCCCAAAGGCACCACCAGUAAGAUCAUGGUAUCAGUGUGGGCCUUCUUCGCUGUCAUCUUCCUGGCCUCCUACACUGCCAACCUGGCUGCUUUCAUGAUCCAGGAGGAGUACGUGGACCAGGUCACCGGUCUCUCAGACAAGAAGUUCCAGAGUCCCAACGACUUCUCGCCUCCGUUUCGGUUCGGCACCGUCCCAAACGGAAGUACAGAGAGAAACAUUAGGAACAACUACCCAGAGAUGCAUGGCUACAUGACAAAGUUCCAUCAGAGAAACGUCAACGAGGCUUUGCAGAGUCUGAAGGCCGGCAAACUAGACGCUUUCAUUUACGACGCGGCCGUACUGAACUACAUGGCUGGCAGGGACGAGGGCUGCAAGCUGGUGACCAUUGGCAGCGGCUACAUCUUUGCCACCACGGGGUACGGCAUCGCCAUCCAGAAGGAGUCGCUCUGGAAGAGACAUGUGGACCUGGCCAUCCUGCAGCUCUUUGGAGACGGUGAGAUGGAGGAGCUGGAGUCCCUGUGGCUGACGGGAAUCUGCCACCACGAGAAGAACGAGGUGAUGUCCAGCCAGCUGGAUGUGGACAACAUGGCCGGUGUCUUCUACAUGCUGGGCGCCGCCAUGGCUCUGUCGCUCAUCACCUUCAUCUGCGAGCACUGGUUCUACUGGCAGCUGCGCUUCUGCUUCAUGGGCGUCUGCUCCGGCCAGCCCGGCUUCGUCUUCUCCAUCAGCAGGGGCAUCUACAGCUGUAUCCACGGGGUGCAGAUUGAGGAGAAGAGCAGCUCGGCACUGAACUCCCCAUCAGCCACCAUGAACAACACCCAUUCCAACAUCAUGCGCCUCUUACGCACCGCCAAGAACAUGGCCUCCCUGUCAGGGGUGAACGGCUCACCCCACAGCGCUCUGGACUUCAUCCGCCGUGAAUCCUCCGUUUACGACAUCUCAGAACACCGGCGCAGCUUGGCGGGCCACUCAGACUGCAAGCCACCUUACAUGCCAGAGGACAACAUGUUCAGCGACUACAUCAGUGAGGUGGAGAGGACGUUUGGUAACCUCCACCUGAAGGACAGUAAUCUGUAUCAGGACCACUACCUGCACCACCACGGCUCAACGCUCGGGCUCAGCGGACCUCCUGCCAACAGACCCCACAGUAUAGGCAGUGCUAGUUCUCUGGAGGGCGGCAUGUUCGACUGUGACAGCCUGGGCGGAGGGGUGGCCCCAAUCUUCACCACCCAACCCUGCUCAGCGCUGACCCACAGGAACAUGAGCAAGUUUGACCUGCUGUCCGGACAGACUCCUCCCUCAGGACAGAGCUUCAAGGGAGGUCUGCCGGACCUGUACGGGAAGUUCUCCUUCAAGGGAGGCGCCUCAAGUUCCACAUACAUCCCUGGGCACGGCUACUGUGGAGGUAGAGGGGACGAUGAUGGGAAUAUACGGUCAGAUGUGUCGGACAUUUCCACGCACACAGUAACUUACGGAAACCUGGAGGGUAAUGCCAAGAAGCGCAAACAAUACCGUGAUAGCCUGAAAAAGAGGCCGGCCUCUGCCAAGUCCAGACGGGAGCUGGACGAGAUCGAGCUGGGCUACAGAAGGAAACCCUACCACAUCAGCCACCACCACUACCACGGCCACCGCUCUUCCUCCCCACCACUUUUUCCCUCUGAACGGAAGAGAGGAGGAGGAGGAGGUGGUGGAGUAGUAGGAGGAGGAGGAGGAGGAGGAGGAGGUGGAAACAACGACGGGAACUCCUAUCUCUUCAGAGAAAAGGAGAGCGUUAGGGAUUUUUAUUUGGACCAGUUUCGGCCCAAAGAGGGCGUCCCUCAGUGGGAGCAUGUGGACCUGACGGAGGGCCCUGGGAGUAGAGAUGGAGGAGUGGGGGCCUGCACCAGUCUGGUCCCAGUGGAUGACUUUCUGAAGAGCAAACCCAAAAAGCAGGAUUCAAAGAGUGGGGGAGGAUCUGGGCUGGCAGGGGGAGACUGGGAGUGCAGGAACUGUCGCGCUAGCGGGGGAGGAGUGGGCAAGCAGAUGUCCAUACAUGGAGGGAGCAGUGGUGGGUACGGUGGCAUGAGCUGUGGGUCCUCGGGAGGCGGCAACAGCCGCCCCAGCUCUGCGACCUGCAUGCGCUGCGAGGGCUGUAAAAAAACAGGAAACCUCUACGAUAUCAGCGAGGACAACAACCACCUCUUGGAACAGAUGGGGGGAGGGAAAGGUGGGGGUGGAGGAGGGGGUAUGGGCGCAGGCCCUCAGUCGCAAUCUCAGGGCCAGCAGAGGAGGAAGGGUGGAUUUGGGAAACCACUGAGGCGGCAGCAUUCGUAUGACGCAUUUGUCGACCUUCAGAAAGAGGAUUCAAGUGGGAUGGGAAGUUUGAUGUCUGGCCUGGGAGGUGGUGGAGGGAUGGGUGGUGCAGGUAUGGGAGGGAUGUUGCCUCCACCCAGGAGUGUUAGCUUGAAGGAGAAAGAACGCUACAUGGAGGGCACCAGCCCCUUCGCACACAUAUUUGAGCGUCACGGCGGCUCGGAGAGAGAAAGGGAAAGAGACAGGGACCCAUUGUUUUACGGAGGUGAAGGCCGGAAAGGACCCGGCUCACCGUUUGGCCUGUUCAGAGGCGGCGACGGCCUCCACCGCCGUUCCAUCGGAGAGAGAGACAUGAGAGACAGGGAUAGGUCUUUGAUGGAAGGUGGCGGUGGGGGAGGGUUCUCUUUAUCCAAAUCUCUUUACCCUGACAGGGUAAACCAAAACCCCUUUAUACCCACCUUUGGCGACGACCAGUGUCUGAUGCACGGAGCCAAACAAUAUUACAUGAAAAAGCAACAGCAGCAGCAACAAGUUGCCAAAAACAGCCGAAGUGACUUCAGGAGCCAGAUGAGCACGACGUCAUAUCUGCCGGCGUCCGCCACAGCCGGGGUGAUGUCCAAUGUGGCCCCCCGGUUCCCGAAAGAGCUCAGCCUGGGUGGAAUGAACCACCACGGCUCCAUGCUGGGGGUCGGCCCCCCGCGUCCCUUCAAUGGAAGCAAUGGCCAUGUGUACGAGAAACUCUCCAGCAUUGAGUCUGACGUGUAAGAGCAAAAAGGGGGAGGAGGAGGAGCGGACGAUGGUGAGGGAGGAGGAGGAGGGGAGGAAUAGAUGCAUGUAGUGUUAGGAGAUCAGGGAUGAUUUUAAAGACACUGUCCACACACUGCAACCCUAGCCCAUAUUGGGACAGCACGAUGAGGUAAGAGAGGAGAGAGCUAGAGACUGUGAAAUAAAAUCUUGAUUUUGCAAAAAAACUAAUCUGGGUAAAAAUAAAAAAAAUCAGGACACCCUGAGGAGGUGUGGGAUGUUAACCCUCUCUCAGAAACGGCCAAAGCUACUCUACUUUUAUGUCCAAACACAGUCAAUCAACAUCCCCCUCAACAUGCACUCAACUCCAAGUCCAUCAUUUCAUCCACCAGUGAGGCAGAAGUCAAUGUACUUGGUUAUUAUCGCAAAGAGGCGACACCUCAUCUUAGUUUGAUAUUGGACGUGUGAGGCUGGUGCGAUGUGACGGCUGUCUGAGAGCUCCCGCUGAGCGCUUCUGAGGAAAAAGACUGCGAGAGUGAACUGCCCAUCUGCCCCUGUGUCACCGCAGAAACAGAGACAUUGUCACGUUUACCAGAGCCGCGACACAGGACGUGACUAGUGCUUCUCUUCUCUAUGGAAGGAGACAGCCCGGCCUGUCCAUCUCCUCUCUGUCCCACUCUUCUCUUCUCUCCUCUCCCCUCUCUCCCCUCUUCCUCUCAGCCCUCCUCCUCCUCCUCCUCAUCCCCGACGCCAAAAGAGCUGAUCUUGUUUGCUAUGAGAAAUACAAUCAUGAAUGAUAAUAAGAUAUUCUUAUAGAAAAAAACAGGGUAUAAGAACAACAAUAAUAUUGAUAACAUUGUGAAUAACAAAGAUGUUAGUGCUGAUUAUGAUAACACUGCUUAUGAUAUCACUAAGUUUUUCUUGUUUUAUGUUCUGUUGGUAUAAUAUUUCACUACUGUUUUAGUAUCUGUAGUUGUAUCCUGUGUGCCCCGGGUGGCAGCAGGAAGGUUGUUCUAAGUUCAACCAACAAGCCAGAAAGACUGAACUCCUUUUCUUUUCUGUUUUCUGUAGAAUAUUUUACUCCAUGCUCAUACGUUUAUUUGCUCCUCGUGGAAAAACAGGAUCUGUGAGACGACGUUUAGAGCUGACAGAUCCUUCUUUGAUGUUAAAAAUCAAGUGCACACACACACACACUUAAACACAUGCAGAUUUUUGUCAGUCUGAACUUGUGUUAACUGUGAACGACGCGUUUCGUCCGAAGCUGAAGAUACUGAGAGGAAGGACGUGCCUUAAUGGUCUCCAGUGGAUGUGUCGGCAUGCUUUUAGGCUGUUUCUCCUCACGUUUAUGAGCCAAAACUGCAGUGAAAAUUUACAGCAGGCCCGAGACGCUGCGGCUGAUGGUUUAGAUACAAGAGGAGAUGUUUUAUACCUUCGUAAAAAUGAUUUCAUACGUCGGCAAAACCGGGAUGUAUUCAGGAUGUCUCGACGCGUCUCACUCCACAACACGGCAGCCUUUAGACCACCUCUUUUAUUCAGGUUACACGACAACAGUCACCAGGCACUUAUUUUUUCCCGGCCUCUUACCAGUAUCUCGUAGAAGGCGUUGCUUUCCACUCACGCGGUCGGCGCACACAGAAAGCUUUGUACAUUGUGUAUGAUUAAUAUAUGCACUGUUGUUUAUGUUGGCAAAAAGUGUGUAGGAGACGUGUUGUUGCCCCGUGACAAUGAUGCCGAUUAAAGCUUGAGCCGUGGAGGAUGUCUAUUGGAGAGAAGCCUCUUGUAACACUGACCGGAGGCGGCCAGAUGGCGGCCAUCUUGCGAAAGCUUUCCAGCUUUUUACCAAUGUAGAUAGUCUUUUUAGCUGGAGAGGCCUCAUUUAUUGCACAGGACCUUUUACUCAGUGUAGGUUCAGGCACUCAGUAGACAUGCCUUAUCAUCCCAUCACCCCCCCAGCCCGUGCUGUCUGAUGACUCAUCAUAUUACUGUACAGAAUAAAGAAGCCUCUAUUAGUUAUUUAAAGGUUUGAUCUUCGAUUAGCUGGCGGUGUGAGAAGUUCAAGGGCUGCGGGAGAUUGCGCAGGAGUGCUGGCCUGAGAUUGGAGCUGCUGGAGUGUGUAGAGUGUGAUCUUUGUCAUUGCGGACUUCUAUCUUAUACCCUAAUCUAAAUGCACCAAUGUAAUAGCUUGUGUGUGUGUGUGUGUGGAGGGAAGCAAUUCACAAUUGAAUGAUAACAGCUGUUUUUUUUUUCCUUCCCACUAACCUGCUGAAAAACAUAAGUUCAACAGCCUUUCCUCCUCCCUCGCUCCACUGACAACACCGUCAACGUGAGACUGAUCGAGUUAGCCUUAAAUCAAACAGAUCCAUCCAUCCCCCGCGCGCCCCUUCCCCCCCCAUGCCUCUCCUAAUAAAUAGAUUGGGAUCUCUGGAAUUUUUAUACGCACACAUUUUUGAAAGUUCAGGUCAACCAUUAUCAGCGAGACGGUAUAAGAAGGAGAACAGGAAAUGACGAGGAAAUAAGAACGAGCGGAACGAGCGACUUGGGAGUGGGCAUCAAUCAGUGUCAGCAUUUGUACGUUCAAUCUUUUCCUUGUAAAUAAUCUAUUUAAAACUCUUUUCACUUUGUACAGUAAACAGACAGACAGGAUGUAACUUUCAAUAUGUUUUACAGCAAUUUAAGAAAUAAACAAAACAACAAUAAAAACUCAUAAAAACAAAAAAAAUCCAUGAACAAAAAAUAUGCAAAAAUAUAGUUAAGACACAAAUAUUACUAAUCAUAAGUGAUAUAAUUGAACCUCUUUUUCUUUCAAUCUCAUGUUUACUUAAUUAUAAUAGUUUACCAAUCAGUAUACUGAUUAUGUUAAGAAUUAUGCUUUUUCAUAUUUUCACUAAAGUGUUGGAAAUCGAGGAUAAUUUACUGUAGGUGUAGACGUUUGGUGAUAAAAAGGGGAAAGUUUAGUUUUAGGAGUCUUUGCUAAGUUUCCCUUGAAUUGUGUUAGAUUCUCUCUUUUUAAGGUAAGCUCUUCUUCAUGCUUUUUGAGAUGAAUUCAAUUAUCUACACAUUUAUGUAAUACAAUAUUACAUGUAUACAUAGAUGAUAUUUGCAUAUAGAGGCAGUAUAUUGUGAUCCUUCAUUUUUAAGCAGCGAUCCUUGUUAAAGACUUACGAGAUCUUUGUGUUUUUGUUGCCCGUUUUUUUUGACCUGGGCUCUAAUGGUGAUUGCACACAGAAUUCAGAGCCAUCGUCGGCCCGGCCUAUCCUGCUCCCUCUCUAUGUUUGGGAUAGACAUCACUGUGGUAACGGAAGAUACACACACACACACAUAUAUAAACACAUGCACACAGACAAAUGCACGCUGGACGUUCACCUGGCGUUGUUAAUACUGCUGAGGAAUUCAGCACAAUAUCGUGGUAAAAAAAACCAAGACCGAGUGUAGUUUUAUCUUAUUCUUUAUCUUAUCUUAAGAUCUGGAGCUGAAAUGCAUUUGUGCAACCCCUUAUUAAAAGGUGCAACAUUUGUUCUGUCAUGUCUCAUUUAAAGUAGCUUCAGGGGAACUUGUUGUUGCUAUCUUUUAGCUCACAUAUUACUAAACUUUGUUAUUUGACAGCUGAAAAACACUUAAAUGCUUUGGAUCCUAAUUUAUAUUUGUGCAUCUUUGUGCACCGCUCGUCUCUCUGUGUGAGACGGGAAAUAUGAUUUGUAAUUCAUUGUGUACAUAUGCAAUUUUGUCCCCAUGCAGUCAGAAAUUAUUUCCCCCCCGCUCUUCUUCUUCUGUGGUACUGAUUCCAAUAAGUCUCUAUAAUCUUCUCCCCAGCCCUGAGAGAAGAAAUUCAUCUCUCUUCUGUUUUUCUCCUCAACUGCUUUCAUGUCUAGAGGGUUGAUUGAAAAGUGAAAAAUGUAUCCGUGUGCACGUAAACUCUGUUAGGCUUGCAUAUUUUUCACACAAGCCACCACGUUCCUGCUCCUCAUUUGCAAUAAACAGGAUGACCGAACAGAAAAAGCUCCUACUGUACACUGUAUGUGCCAAUUCUUCACUUCCUGUUUUUUUCUCAUGCAUUGAAAGGGCCAGUUUCCAGCUGCUGGUCGGGAAGUCAAGGUGCACCUGACACUGUGGUAAACAUGCUAUCAUCAGGCCUCUACCACCUCCAGCUGCUCUGCUCUGCAGCCGGCGUGUGCAGGUCGAGCGGUGAUGCAGAGUAAGCAUGGCUCUUCAGAAGUCUUUAUUUCCCUCGCGGCCAAAUUGGUCCUGGGCUCACUUCUCUGCACACGAGCAUGCCACAACACAUUUGUUCAAAUGGGUCAUGUAGAGCAAAACACUGUGUCACAUUUUUACAACGCAAGAAAACGGCAGUGGCGAGUAAGUGGAGCUGGAACAUCCUGGAGGUGGAGGAUGUAAAUAUCACCUCAGCUGACGUGUGUUUUUCUGUCAGGAUUAACUGACACAUGGGACCAAAUAAGAGCGUGACGUGGUCAGCUACAGGGAUUGAUGUACCGGUUAAACUGACUCGUGAAAAUGUAUUUUUUUGUGUUUGGAGGAAAGGCACUGACAUCAAUAUUUCUCACACACUGAGUUGCUAAUCAUUUGUUUUUUUAAUCAAGAAGUCACAUGCAGAUACGAAGAAUUAUACUGUGAUAUUAUAUGAUUGACUUGUUGUGAAGGUCCAUGUAAUUUAGCUGCUUAUGAUUUUCCUAAUUCAUUGAAAAACUUGUUUACUCAUAUUUUAAAGUUCUCUCUGUGUGUACGUGUAUUAACAUGUAUUGAUAUUGCUUUAUAUUGAUGCAUACAAAAUUUUUCUAUUAAAUUGUGUACAGUUUUGUUUGUUAAUAAUGCUACUUUACAUCGUCAUCAUUCACACAGUCAAGAAUGGUUUGCUUCACCUGAGUGGUAAUGACAUAAGGGGUUGCUACUAAAUGUAUUUCACAAGGUGAACACUUCACUGAAUUAAAUUUACUGUGGGGGUUUGACAAAAAUGUAACAUAUGAAUAGUAUCAAUUGUAUACAUAAUGAUAUACAUAAUAUUAUUCUUGGCCAUUUUUUUCUCUUUUUGUGGCCCUUUUUCUUUGGAAUAACUCCCCCAAAUUUUUACACCAUAUGAACAGAAAACGACACAAAAACAAAUAAUUGUACAGGUUGUGUAAAUACUGAAUAUCGGGGGAAACAUUUACCUUGUUUUUUUUUUUUUUUUUGUAAGGAAACGAUCAAAGUAAUCUCAAUAACAAAAUUAACCACGUCAUGACAAAAUUGCAAAAAAACAUCAUUAAGGUACUUCUAAUAAGGAUAAUACUGAUAUCUACAAUUAUAAGUG